AUGGGCAAUGUCUUUGAUUCCAAAGCCGGUGAUGCUUUGGCUGAGCCGCUGCUGGGGAUUGCAUUGCUGGAUUGCAUUGCUGGACAUUGGCGGUAUAUAUACAAGCUUGAAGAUAAUCUUGAGGCAUUGGAGACUACAAGAGAUCAAUUAAGAGACCUGAGGACUGAUGUGAUGCGGUUGAUCGUCAAUCAGGAAAGACCAGAAAUGGCGCAGAUAGAUCGAGUUGGAGGAUGGCUCUCGAGGGUGGAUGCUGCCAUAGUUAAAAUUAAUCAGCUGCCAAGCAAGGCUAUACAAGAAAGACAGAAGUUAUGUAUAGCAGGCUGUUGCUCCAAGAACUGCAAAUCCAGCUACACAUUUGGGAGAAGUGUUGCAAGAAUUCUAAAAGAAGCGACUACUUUGAUCAAUGAAGGAGAUUUCAAAGAAGUGGUUAUGGCAGAACCAGCAAAUCAACUUCAAGCUAAUCUUGAAAAAUUGAAGACUUCAAGACAAGAAUUAUACGCAUUAAAGGAGGAUGUCAGGCAGAAUGUAGCGUUGGAGGAAGGGCCGGAAAAGAUGCUGCUGCAACAAGUUGGCUUGUGGCUUUCAAUGGCAGAAUCGACCAUAACCAGAUUACAUAAGUCAGACAUAAGUCAGCUUCAAGUUGAUCUUCGAGAUUUGGAGUCUAUAAUGAAAGAAUUAAAGGCUUUAAAGGAGGGAGUGAUGAUGAGGAUCACCUUGGAGGAAGGGCCACAAAAGAAGCGGAAGCCACAAGUUCAACUUUGGCUCUCGAUGCUGGAACCAAUAGUGACUGUGGCGGAGGAGAUGAUAAGAAAUGGUCCACAAGAAAUUGAGAAAUUGCGUCGUAAAGACUUUUCCAGCUACGAAUUUGUGCGAAAGGUGGCCAAAGUGUUAGAAGAAGCAGUUGCUCUAAGAGCCAAAGGAGAAUUCAAAGAGAUGGUUGAGAGGGUACUUCCAGACCCAGUAGUUGAAAGGAAUGAAAAACCAACAUGUGGCAUGGAAGCGAUGUUAGGUGAUAUUUGGAGAUGGUUCACACAAGAUGAACUGGGCACUGUUGGCAUAUAUGGUAUGGGGGGUGUUGGCAAAACUACUCUCUUAAACCAAAUCAACAACAAGUUUGCUAGUUCAACCCAUAAUUUUGAUGUUGUGAUUUGGGUGGUGGUGUCAAGAGAUUUGAAACCUGACAAGAUUCAAGAAGAUAUUUGGAAAAAGGUUGGCAUUUUUGAUGAGACGUGGGCAAAAAAAAUCCCCAGUGAGAAAGCAGAAGAUAUAUUUUAUAGGUUAAGCAGAACGAAGUUUGUAUUAUUUUUGGAUGACUUAUGGCAGAAGGUUGAUCUCAGAGACAUAGGGGUUCCUCUACAAAAAAAACAUGGGUCAAUGAUAGUAUUCACGACGCGUUUCUACAAAAUAUGCAGGCAAAUGGAAGCCCAAAAAAUUAUGAAAGUGGAGCCUCUGAAUCCAAGAGAAUCUUGGACCUUAUUCCAGGAGAAAGUUGGGGAUAUUCCUCCGAAUAUCCUUCCUCUAGCUAAAGAUGUUGUUAAGGAGUGUGGUGGAUUGCCACUGGCACUCAUCACAAUUGGCCAUGCCAUGGCUGGCAAAGAUGCACUCCAAGAAUGGGAACAUGCUCUCGAGGUCUUAAGAAGUUAUGCCUCAAGUUUACACGGAAUGGAAGAUGAGGUGUUUCAAGAUAUGGAGGUUGAAGUAUUUGCAAUUUUGAAGUUUAGUUAUGAUAGUCUACACGGUGAUAAAGUUAAAUCUUGCUUCUUAUACUUUAAUAACGACAAGGAGAAUUUUCGUGCAAGUGGGAUGCCAAUUAUAGCAUGUAAAUAUGAAAAAGACAAGGAGAAAUUUUUCGUGCAAGUGGGUGCCCAAUUAACAAAAUUUCCAGCGGUCAAAGAAUGGGAAGGAUCAAAAAGAAUGUCGUUGAUGGCAAACUCCUUUAAAAGUAUCCCAGAAGUUCCUAGAUGCGGGGAUCUUUCGACUUUAUUCCUUGGUCAUAAUAGGUUUUUGGAGGAGAUCAGUGGUGAUUUCUUCCGGUAUAUGAAUUCGCUCACCGUUCUUGAUCUAUCAGAGACAUGUAUAAAGAAAUUGCCUGAGGGAAUUUCAAAAUUAACCUCAUUGCAAUAUCUUAAUCUGCGUAGUACACGUAUAACGCGGUUACCAGUUGAGUUGAAGUUAUUGAAAAAGCUGAAAUAUUUGAACUUGGAGCGUAAUGGCUUCCUAGAAAGUAUUCCAAGGGGAGUCAUAUCUAGUCUGUCAUCGUCACUGCAAAUUUUGAGAAUGUUCCAAGCCGGUAAUAUGGCUUAUGAAAAGUCGGUAAAUAACUUAUUGGGUGAAGGCAAUUUGCUAAUAGAGGAGCUCCAGUGUCUUGAAAAUUUGAAUGAACUGAGCCUCACAAUAAUAAGUGCCUCUAUGCUUCAGUUGUUUUCCAGCACCCAGACAUUACUCAACCGUACUCGAUCUCUACAGCUUAGAGGGUUCUACUUUCAAAGAUCUCUUAGUGUUUCUUCAUUAGCAAAUUUUAGGAACCUAGAGAUCCUGAACAUAUUUCAUACUUAUGAUUUAGAAGAGUUGAUCGUGGAUGUUAUGCUUGGUGAGAGUUCUACACAUCAUCAUACUAUCAGCAACUCAAUGGUCUCAGCUCCAGUAUGCUUCAAUAGCCUCCGGGAAGUGAAUGUAUCGCGUAACUUCCGUCUGCGAGAGCUGACAUGGGUUGUUCUAAUCCCAAAUUUGGAAAUUUUGAUAGUGAGAUCCAAUAAGCAUAUGGAAGAAAUUGUAAGUGCUGAAAAGUUAAGUGAGCUUCAAGUUGGGAGUGAAAACAUGAACCUAUUUUCAAAACUCCAAGCUCUUAAAUUGUCUAAUUUACCAGAACUGAAAUGCAUAUAUAGGAAUGCUCUGUCUUUUCCACUUUUGAACAGAAUACAAGUACGUGAAUGCCCAAAGCUGGAGAAUAUACCAGAAGCACUGCAAGGUUGUGACUGACGCACAAGAA